AUGAUUAAUAAUAAUAUUAAUAAUAAUAUUAAUAAUAAUCAAAGUGAAAAUAAUAAAAAUAAAAUUUUUAAAAAUAUUGAAAAUUCAUUUUGGUCAAUAGUUAAAAAUAAAAUUUUGUUUAGAAAAAUAUUAUCAUAUAUUGAUAAUAGUAGUUUACCAGGAAAUAAAUUAAAUACAUUUAAAUAUGAAGAAAUAGUAUCAGUAGAAUGGUUAUUAAAAAAUUCAAUGAUUUCAUUAUUAAUUGAUAAAGUAAAAACCAAUCAACCAUUAUCAUUUUAUCAACAUGGUAAUAAAUUUGAAAAACAAUUUUCAAUAUUUUUUAGAUUUAAAGAAAAUAAUCUAAUUAAUAGAGAAUUUUUUAAGAAUUUUUUUAAAAAUUAUUAUACUUUUAAAAUUUUAAAAAUUAAAAAUAAACAAAAAAAAGAAGAAAAAGAAGAAAAAGAAGAAAAAGAAAAAGAAGAAGAAGAAAUUGAAAUUAAUAAUAUUUUAGAAAAUGAAAUUAUUAUAAAUGAUUUAAUUAAUCAAUUAAUUUUAAAUGAUUGUUUGGCAGGAUUUAUAAUAUUAAUAGAAUUUGAAUAUAUUAAUAAAUCAAAAAUUGAUUCAAAAUUAUUAUUAAAAGCAUUAAAUGGUAAUGCAAUUUCAAUUUGUCAUUAUAUUAAAUCAAGUUAUCCAAAUAUUGAAUUUGAUUCAAAUAUAAUUUGGAAUCCAAAUUCAUUAAUAAAUUCAAAUGUUAAUCAAUUUAAUAAAAAAAUUAAUUUUUUAAUUAAUACAAUGUUAAUGAAAUCACCAUCAUUACCACCAUCACCAAUAGUACAACCAUCAUCACCAUCACCAUCACCAUCACCACCACCACAAUCAACAAUAACAACAAUAACAACAACAACAACAACAACAACAACAACAACAACAACAAUAUUUAAUAAUAGUUUUACAACAAUUAUAAAUAAUAAUAAUAAUUUUAAAUAUUAUCAACAUAUUUUUAAUUUAUGUAUAUUUGAAGAAAAAUUAAAUAUAUUAAUUGAAACAUGUUAUACAAUAUUAUUAUUAAAAGAUGGUAUUUUAAAAAGAUUUAUAGAAUUAUUAAAUGAAAAACAAUGUAAUUAUUGUUCAAAUGGUAAUAGUAAUGGAUUAUCAUUAUAUCAUCAAGAAUUAAUGGAAAAAUUUGUAAAACAAGAUACUUUAAAAAUUGAUAAUUUAAGUAUUGAAGAAUUGGAUGAAAUUUCCAAAGAAUUUACAGAAAAUGAAAAGAUGGAAAUUGUUGAUAAUUUAAAAAUAUUAAAUAUUAAAAAUAGUAAACAAAGAAAUAAUGUAAAGAAAUUAUUUAAAAUGGUAUUACCAUUCACAAGUACAAUUAAUGAUAUUUUCUUUCAAAAUUAUUUUUACUAUCAAUAUAAAUUUGAUGAUCAACCAUUACUUGAAAGAUUUUAUGAAAUUUUUAAAGACUAUUUAGAAUUUUAUGAUGUGGUCCAAAAAACAUUGGAACCAUUUUACCAAUCAUUUAUAAAGAAUAGUUUUGAGAACCAAAUGGUAUUAAUUGAGGCUAUUACUCAUCACCUUUUCCAAAGUAAAUUAAAUGGUACUAUAAAAAUACGUGGUGCAUUAACUAAUAAUAAUAUAAACACAAAUAAUAGUGUGGGAGUUGAUUUAUUAAGAUUAGUAAUAAGAUGUGAUAAUAUUGAUUUGGUAUCAACUGUUUAUUUAAAACUUUGUAAAAUUUCAUUAGAUCCAUUCAAAAGUGAAUUUUUUCAAUUAAUUAAAUCAAAUGAAAUUUUCGAUUAUCUCUAUUCUCAUAGUUAUCCAAAAUCACAAUUUAAACUUUACUUUUUAUUUAAUAAUUUACAAUUAUUAAAACAUUUCAUUUCAAAUUAUCAAAAUGAUUUCAAUCAAAAAUUAAUUCAAGAUUUAAAUGAAAUUAUUAAAGAAUCAAAUUUAAUUAAAUAUUAUUCAUUUGAAUUAUUUAAAUAUUUCUUUGAAAAUCCAUCAUUAUUUAAAUUAAUUACUAAUAAUAUUCAAAAUAUUUGGUCAAUUAUUAAACAAUCAAAUAAUUUAAAAAAUAGAUUUUUAAAAAUAUCAGAAAAUAAUAAUAAUAAUAAUAAUUUUGAAAAUGAUUAUAAUUUUAAUUUUAUUAAUAUUAAUAAUAAUAAUAAUAAUAAUAAUGAAAUUUAUUUUAAUAAUAAAUUUCAAAUUUCAAUUAAAGAAUUUCAAUUUUUUAUUGAAUAUUCAUCAGAUGAAUUACAAUAUUAUUGUUUUGAAAUUUUUGAAGAUUGUAAUGAUUCAAUGAAAUUGAAAGCAAUUGAUUGGGUAUUUAAUAAUAAAAUUGAAGAGAUUGGUUUAUUACGUUGUAAAGUUACAGAAAGGGAAUUAUUUUUUUAUAAUUAUUAUUUUAAUAGGGAUGCAUUUAAACAAAUUUUAAAUGAUAAUUCAAAGAGUCAAUCUAGGGGUAACCAAGGUACAUGUUGUAGACCAUUUGAUGAAUUGGAAUUAGUAUUCACUGAAAUCGGUAAAAAAGGUGAUAUAGAAAUUUUAAAAUUAUUAUUAGAUAAUUAUUAUUUAAAUGAAAAUUUAACAUUAUUACGUGAAAAACAUUUAAUUUAUCUUUUCAUUUUAGGUGGUGCCGCUUUAAAUGGUCAAUUAUCAAUUUUUAAAUUUAUUUAUGAAAAUUAUUCAUUUCUUUUUAAAUUAUCAGAUCAUUUUGAUGGUUCAAUAAUUGAUAAUGAUUUCAAUCAUAAUCCUUUAAAUCCAAAUAAUUUAAUGACAAUUAAAUUCAUUGCUAGACUUUAUAAUAUUAUCAUUGAAAGAGGUCAUAUUAAUCUUUAUUUUUAUUUUGAUAAUAUUAUAAAAUUAAAUUCAAAAUCAUUUUCAAUUAAUUUUAAUUUAAAUUUAAAUUCUUUAAUUAAAAAAAUUUUAAAUUUUAAUAAUUUAAAUUUAAUAACAAUUUUAGAAAAUAAAAAUUAA